AUGAUGUGGGCUCUGGCUUGGGCCGUUCCGGUCUCCUGGAGCUAUCUCGUCUUUCGAACCCAGUGCUUCACGCGGCGUACCUUCAGCGCAAGCCUCCAGAAUGGGACGGCGUUGCUCCAGGCAUCACCGGAAACAUUGACGGAGGCUGCAGAGAUUUUGGAUCAGCAGCAAGCCCGGAAUCAGCCCGUCGUCUUCCGAAGAUCCUACAAUGCGGUCGGCUGGGCUCCGAGAGCUCGGGGCAUGCGUUGUUGGAGCCCCGCCUGCCUGGAGGAAGAUCUGGGGGCUGUGCCCAUCGAGGGCGCUCCCGGGGCUACCCUGGGCCGGUACCUGGCGGCUUUUUUCGCUGGGACGGCGGAAGCCGUGGAGGGGGACUGCUUCUGGGGCCAGCAGCCUCCCUGCUCGAUGCAAGGAGGAGCUCCCUUCUGCACCCGGCCAUGUCUUACGAAUGCCACCGUCAACUUCGCACUGGCUGCAGAUUCCGAUGAGCCCUUCGACGAUCUCUUCGAGGCACUUGACCUCCUUGACCUGCUUCGGCGCCGAGCACACCGGGGCUUCACCUGGACUGCGCGGCUCCUCACGCACCUGGUGCCCUCCUCGCUGGGCUUCGCCCCCGGCUCAGAUUGGGUGGAGGGGGUGCUGUGGCUCAGCCCCCGCGGCGCGCGCACGGGGAUACACCAGGACGACGAGCCCUGUUCCGUUCUGCAGCAGGUGCACGGCCGCAAGCGGGUGGUCCUCUUCUCCCCGGACCUCUCGCAGCUGCUUUGGCCCGAGGCGACUCCUCACUGCCUUUCGGAGCACGGCACGCGCUAUGCGCGGCUCCCCCUGGAGGAAGUCUUGGAUGGUUUGGGGGGCCGCGGACACCUCGUAACGCUCCACCCCGGGGAUGCCCUGUACAUACCGAACGGCUGGUGGCAUGCCGUGGAAGCGCUGGAGGAUUCGGUCUCGGUCAGCGGUCGCGGUCUAACCUUGUGUGAAGGGGCUUCCUUCAUCCCAUUCUGGUUGGCGCUCAUCCUGCAGAGGGCGAUGCGGGUGCCCGAGGAGUAUGCAAGCUUGCUGCCGCAUCUCCUGGCUCUAAUGCUGCCUGGAAUGUUGGCUUCGCCAUUGCUCCUGCUUGACCUCAGGAAGGAGAAGUCGAAGCGUCGCUGA